UCCGUUCUGGGCUGGUGAUUUCUGUUGUUUCUUUUUUUCCGCUCGUUUUUUCGGUCGACUCUCGUUAGAUUCUGCAAAUCAUGGCGGACCAGGAAGUGGAUUUGGAUUCGAUCAUCGAUAGAUUGUUAGAGGUGAGGGGCAGCCGCCCUGGGAAACAGGUCCAACUGCUCGAGUCGGAGAUUCGCUACCUCUGCACCAAGGCGCGCGAGAUUUUCAUCUCCCAGCCUAUUCUGUUGGAGUUGGAGGCGCCUAUUAAGAUUUGCGGUGAUAUCCACGGCCAGUACUACGAUCUUCUGCGUCUGUUCGAAUACGGUGGCUUCCCGCCCGAGGCCAAUUAUCUGUUCCUCGGUGACUACGUCGACCGUGGCAAGCAGUCGCUCGAGACCAUCUGCCUCCUGCUCGCCUACAAGAUCAAAUACCCCGAGAACUUCUUCGUCCUGCGCGGCAACCACGAGUGUGCCUCGAUCAACCGCAUCUAUGGGUUCUACGAUGAGUGCAAACGGCGGUACAACAUCAAGCUGUGGAAGACCUUUACCGACUGCUUCAACUGUCUGCCCAUCGCCGCCAUCAUCGAUGAGAAGAUCUUCACCAUGCACGGUGGUUUGAGCCCUGACCUUAACUCGAUGGAGCAGAUCCGUCGGGUUAUGCGUCCGACUGAUAUCCCCGAUUGCGGUCUUCUCUGCGAUCUCCUGUGGUCCGACCCCGACAAGGACAUUACCGGCUGGAGCGAAAAUGACCGCGGUGUAUCGUUCACCUUCGGCCCAGACGUCGUCUCGCGAUUCCUUCAGAAACACGACAUGGAUCUCAUCUGCCGCGCGCACCAGGUCGUCGAGGACGGCUACGAAUUUUUCUCCAAGCGGCAGCUGGUCACGCUGUUCAGCGCACCGAACUACUGCGGAGAGUUUGACAAUGCAGGCGCCAUGAUGAGCGUGGACGAGAGUCUCUUGUGUUCCUUCCAGAUCUUGAAACCCGCAGAAAAGAAGCAAAAGUACGUUUACGGCGGCUCCAGCUCAGGCAGGCCCAUCACUCCUCCGCGAAAGCAAAAGAAGAAGUAAGGAAUCAAUACGAGCUUUUCCAUGUGCAGCAGGUUCGGGCGACGAUAAACACGUCACAUCACCACCCUCCGACCAUCUUCCAUCACGAGAAUCCGGCUCCCCCUCAGUCUACUCCCCCCACGACUUUUUCGAUGGCCAUGCAUUAGACGAUCGGAAGCAACAUCCCGCGCAACCCGCCUGAGACCCGACC